CCUAAAGUUUCGUUACAUGUUCCGGGGACCUGGGAAGAAGACACUUACAAUUUACCAGAAGACAAAAACCUACCGUAAAAUUCCAAUCUGGAUUUCAGGAAGCAACACUGGCAAGAACUGGCUCUACGGACAAGUUCCUUUGAAUUGUCUUUCUGAGUUUCAGGUGCUAAUAGAAGGUAAAACAGAGACAAGAGAGGACUUGAUAGCAUUGGCAGGAUUGUACAUUGAGGAGGGAAACCUUUGCCAACACAAACCCUGGUCAGCUAAACAAGCCUGUAACGAAACAUUGACUAACAAGUCGGGAUAUUUCUUCUCUCCUUUAUAUCCGGGACAUUCUCUUGAUGACAUUCUUUGCAGAUGGCUCAUAACCGUCCCACAACGUCAUAUAAUCCACUUGAAGUUCCAAGAAUUCAGACUCAGAGAACACCCCACAUGCGAUAAAUGUUUUGUGGAAGUUUUUGAUGGUAGCGAAAAAACUGGACCCUCGUUGGGCAAAUUCUGCGGCUAUCUGUUUCCUCCAGAUUUCUUAUCUUCCUCGAAUCAUUUAACAGUUUUUCUGAGCUGUCACGGAAAUUUACCUGUGGCCAGAUUAAAGGCCUUGUAUCAUUCUGUUUCAGCCAAGGACAAUGACGAACCAUCCUGUUCACGUCGGCAAAGUUGCCCAUCGAGCUGCAAAUGUGAAGAUUUCGGUGAAGGCAAAGACAACGGGACUAUUGUAACUGGAGUAGACCUGCUCAGUGUUCCAUCUAAUCUCCCCCCUAAUACUCGAGCUGUGUUUUUCCAGAAAAAUCGGAUACCUCAGUUACAAGAAAAGGCCUUUGCAAAUCUCGACAAGCUAGAAUAUAUAGACAUGAGCUUCAAUAUUCUGCUUCGCCUCAGAGAAAACUGCUUUCAAAAUGUCCCAUCCGUCGAAACUAUGCGACUGAACUUCAACUUCUUACAAUCUCUUCCCGACGGAGUCUUUCUUGAACUUCCUAAUUUACGCGUUCUAGAUUUAGGGAAAAACCGUCUUCGCAAAGUAGUAAAAGGAAUGUUGGAUGGACUUUUUAGUAUAGAGGUUUUAGGCUUGCGUUCAAACCAGAUUGAGAGAGUGGAAUAUGGUGUUUUUGAAAACAAAAGCACCAUGACCCAUCUGUAUCUUCAGGAUAACAAACUCAAAACAUUACCAGAAGGCCUGUUUGAAGAUCUUUCAAAGCUGAAAGUGUUAGAUUUGAGUGGGAACGAACUAACAGUGGUGACGAAGGGAACUUUCAAAGGACUCAAAUCACUGGAAUAUUUGUAUCUAAACAAUAACAAGCUAUCUGAUGUACCUUCCGAUGCAUUUAGUGAACUAGAAAACUUGAAGUAUUUGAAACUCGACCGAUUUAUUUUCUGCUGCUACGCCAUAAAGUCAAUCGAAGGAGUUGACUGCGAUUCUCCAAUCAACGAGUUUUCGAGCUGUGACGACCUCAUGAAAAACGAAGCUGUUCAGGUCUGUAUCUGGAUUCUGGGAAUACUUGCGCUCCUUGGCAACGUCCUCGUCAUAAUAUGGCGUGCCGCUGAUAAAGAAGAAAGCAGGGUUCAGUCCUGUCUGCUGACCAAUCUGGCCGUAGCUGAUCUGUUUAUGGGCGUGUAUCUAUUAACGAUCGCCAUCAUGGACUCAAGAUGGCGAGGGGAAUACUUUAAGCAUGACAUUAAAUGGAGAUCUAGCAUCGGCUGUCAAAUCAUUGGAGCUCUUUCGAUGCUCUCCAGUGAAGUUUCUGUCCUGAUUCUCACCAUUAUCACCAUCGACCGACUUAUCUGUAUCGUCUUCCCAUUCAAGUUCAAGCGCCUUACUUACAAAGCGGCCGUCCUUUCCUGCAUGGGUGUAUGGAUGUUUGGCAUAGUCAUAUCUGUGAUUCCUAUCACCGGAGUAAACUACUUUUACGAUGAAAGCGGGGAUUUCGGUUUCUAUAGUCGCUCUGCCGUCUGCCUUCCGCUUCAGCUUUCAGAGGGCACACCGGCUGGCUGGGAAUACUCCUUCUCAUUCUUUGUGGGCUUGAACUUCAUUUCUUUCACCUUUAUCCUCGUGGCGUAUAUCUCAAUAUUUUGGACGGUGAAGCGUGCUGCACGUGCAGCGCGAUCGACGAAUUUCAAAAAGGAAUCCGAGAUGGCUAAGAGGCUUGCCUUCAUCGUGAUGACAGACUUCUGCUGCUGGAUGCCCAUCAUAACAAUCAGUGUUUUAUCGCUAACUGGGAAUUUUGAGGAUCCAAACAAAAUCGCCUACGUGUGGAUUGCAGUGUUUGUUCUUCCUAUCAACUCCUCCAUAAAUCCAAUCCUGUACACUUUUUCCACCCAACGAGCAAAGCAAAGCUUAACCAAAAAGGGAAAACAUAUCACUGGUAUUGUAAUGAAGACAUUGAACGAGCGAAUGCCAGGUGAGUAA